CUGUUCCACGUCACCUUAUGUACACAACGGAUCCUGUGUUGGCUCAAGACGGAUCAUCAUGUUCACGUGACCAGGUACAGACGGGAGAUAAUGCGGUGCGCCAAAUUCCGAAUGUGAACUUCCGGGAACGAUCGGCUUCUGUCUGACGGACAUGGCUGCCUCGUGGGUGCUCAGGAGAUGGUGCUCCACCUCUGUAGCAGAAGCAGGAGCAGCACCCGCCAAUGGCACCCGAUGGGAGAGGUUGAAAAAUAGCAAAUUGGGUGUGUGGUUUAGCGGCAUGUCCAGAGACUACAAGGAGGCGUGUCGUGAGAUUGUGGUGGGCGCGUGGGAAAGGCCAAUCAAAGCUUCCAUCUACCUGAGCCUUCUGGGUGGAGCUGGCACCUGCAUCUACACAAACCCCGACGACGCCUCCUUCGAGACCACCGUCCUGGAUACAGCCAAUCAGCUCGGGCUCCUGACGCCGUGGAUACGCAGUGGAACAUCGGAUGGGCACGUGCAGAAGCUGGCGAAGCUUCGUAACGAGGGAAGGUUACGUCACCUCAGCCUUGGAAUGGUUUCACUCACCUACUUCGCCGAUUACAACCCGGAUGCCAGUCUUUACGAGGCCCAGUGCUCCAACCUCUCUAUCCCCUGGAGGGAGCUCCACACGCGGGUACUGGACGUUGGUUUCGCGGGUCGCUGGUGGAUCCUGGACCAUAAGAUGAAGGACUAUGAUGUGAACGACGAAGAGUUCAAGCAGCUGCCGCCUGCUAUGGCCGCCACAGUGCCCCCUGGUGUCCGGGGGGUGGAGAAUAACGAGAGGCUGCACAAAGAGUCAUGGAUGCCUCUGAAGACGGAGGAGAAUGAGGAGAAGGAAAAGGCAUCGGCAGCCGUAGGGGAGGAGGGGGGCAUUGUAGAACAGAUAAAGAUGGAUAGUUUAGAUCUUGUAGAAACAAUAAAAAUAAAGACAGGCAUUGUAGCUCAACCACAGGAGAUAGCUGACCAAGAACCACAGGAGCUACCUGACCCAGAACCACAGGGGCUACCUGACCCAGAACCACAGGAGCUGACGCUGACAGAGACGGAGACACAGGAGUAGCAGACACAAGCUCAAGCAAAGGCCUAAUGGACUCACACAUAAUGAGAUGGCUGAACAAGAAUCUCUGAAAGGACAUUUAUUGGAUGUUGACAAGAUGGUAUGUGUGUAUAAGAGUACCUUCUGCACUGUUUAACGUGUUAUAUAGCGCCCAAGCCUAUUAACACUGGACUAGCUACACAUGACAUGAUGUUAAAUAAAUUACUGUUAACAGUU